AGAGGCACUGUGAAAGUAAAGUAGGUUGCCCAAGAACACAAACACAAAAUUCCUGGCCAGGGAUUGAACGCAGACCACUUGAGCCAGAUUCAAGUGCACCAACCGUGAGGCCACUGUUAUUGAUCAGAAAAAAACAAAAAGAAAUUGUUUUUCAUUUAAACACUCUGACUACAACCAUGCUAUAGGUUACCUGUGGGAACUAUUGCUCAAUGCAUAUAGCUAUUGUUGGUUGGAACAUGGAACCAUACUGCAGACUGCUAGUUAAUAGGAUCUAUGUGUUACUUAAUGCUGAGUGAUGAACAUUUACUUCUAUUCCAGGAGAUUCAAAUUGGACCUGACCAUCAAGCAGAGGUUCCAGAAAUGAUGGGUCCAAAUUAUCAAGAAGCUCCAUAUAUUAAAGAUGACAAGUGCCUUUGGGAUCCCAAGAAAGUCAGUGCUAAAGAGUUACAGCGUUAUUUGAAUGCAAUAUGUCAGAUUCCAGGCCUUGAGGGAAUGAGGCGAGAUGUACUCAGGGACGAUGAACAAGCUUUGUACUUGCUGUUACAGUGCAACUACAUAGUAGAAGAUGCCAUAGGCAAGAGAAAAUCUCAAACGAACCCACAAGCAGAAAUGGCCUUGUGGUCUGAAGAUGAGUGCAGGGACUUCGAAAGUGGUUUGAGAGUUUAUGGAAAGGACUUCAGACAGAUCCAGAAGAAUAAGGUUAUGUCUCGCACUGUGGGAGAAAUAGUCCAGUUCUACUAUUUAUGGAAGAAAACUGAACGGCAUGAUGCUUUCGCUUGCCAAACCCGUCUGACAAAGAAAAAAUAUGCCUUCCACCCAGGAAUUACGGAUUACAUGGACAGGUUUCUGGAUGAAAAUGAGAGUGCUGCCUCUAGCCGCGCCUCCAGUCCACACAACUUCACAUCAAGGGUUCGUCCUGGAAAUGGAAUGAUACCCAUCACCACUGCCAUUCAAAGCCAGAGUCAGCCAAUAGCAAUACAACCAAUGCAUACUGUUGCCGCCCCCACUGCAGCCCAGAGUACGGUCGUCACAAUUAACGUUUCAAAUUCUAACCCUGUAUCAGUCUCCCUGACGAAAAGAGACCUCCAUGACAGCGUUCCUAACAGACAGUUGCAACAACAGUCUUGUGUUCCAACAUCUGUCAUUGUGUCUGGUCCAGAAUCUGGUGGAGAACCACCAACAAAAAAGUUAAAAAUCCUUCCAAGUGGACGGCCAAAGUUGAUCAACAGUAUGCUCAGUAAACCGCCACCACUGAAACCUAUUGCAACCACGGGAUCUUCAGCAUUUCAUUCAAGUAGCCUAGGCAAUGUGUCAUUACCACCGUCGAGUGUAUCAAGUUAUAAUGCAACCAACUCCCAAGAACGUUCUUAUCUAUCUGUUCACAACACACCUGUGACAGAUUCUGUUCUCUUCACACACCAAAAGUAAUGCCAGGUAUUAGAAGUUUUUUAAAAAAAUUCCUGGUGUUGUUCGCAAGUACGGGUCUACAUGUACAUGUACGAGUCAACUUCAUGUAAUCAAAGAGAAAUUUGUAAGUAAUGGCAUUGUGGAUAAAGUAUAAAACCGUUUUGCGUAUAAAUUCACUGGACAUUGAUAGUUUUUGAUGACGCAACCAAACUGAACUGGUUUAUCAAAAUAAGGCUUUUAAUUUUAAAAUGGAGUAGCAACUUACUACAAAGAAAUGGAAGCAAUAACAGAAAUGGUCAUUGUGUAAGGGCCAGUUUAAAUGGUGCAACUUUGUUGCUUUCGACAACUUACCCCUCAAUUUAUUUUUGUAAAUCAAACCUGCUAAUUGCCUGUGAUUCAUUGUGUAUGACAUGAAAAAAAAAUUCAUAUGAAUUUGAGACCUAAUACAGUAACUAAUUUGUAACCUCAGUGAAAGUGAAGGGCUUAGAAAUAACUUGAACACCAGAAGGCUUUCUGGAAUGUUAUUGUGCAGCAAGCAAAAAGCUGAGUAGGCAUGCGAAAAUUAAACUGCAAACAGUUUAACAGCAAUGGUAAUUAAUUUGCAGUUUUAAGGUUUGCUUGCAUGUCCUAAACUUUAUUUUGAUAGGUCAGUGCACAAUAAUUAUUGACCGGUCAGAAUCAAAUCAAAGUGUUCACAGCACAAACUACUAAGUUUGUGGGUGAUAAAGUUGUACCAUCGAAAGUGAUCCUGAAAGUACACUGUAAAUAUCAGCCAGUGACCUUUGCAAAUCUGGGAAUUUGAUGGGCUCGGUCAUUGUUGACUGUUGGCCAAUAGUAGCGUUUACCCGAGUUGUUAAAUUCAACACUUUAUGGUGUCAAUGACACAUGGAUGUUGAAUAUUAAAUCACUGUAUAAGCUAUUAUCGGUAAUAUUAUUGAGGUGUGGAAGAUUAUUUAUUAUUAAUAACUCAGUAUUGAGAUAUUACACCACAAAUGCUAUUUCGAGCAGAGGAUAGUUAUAAUGGAUUUUUAGAAUUCUUGUUUCCAUGCACAGACUUUAGGAAUCUUUGAAUGUAUGAUCCUUCAUAACAUUGUAUAGUUUACAUGUUAAGUCAUCCUCUAGGUGGGCGCUGGCUUAGUUUAACUUUAUUUAUUUUGAAUUUCCUAUCGUGGGUUCUGUUUGUACAUUUAUUGAUCCAGAAGCCUGCCUUGUUUUCAUUGGCAGUAAAUAGAACGAUGAAUUUCAUUCAGCAAUAAGCAAUCAUUUGUUUUGAUUUUCUUCUUUCCAGCCUGAGGAUGUACAGAAUUUUGUAGUACUGGUAGUUUGUAAUAUUUUAAACUUUUUUUCUCCUGAAAUCAUAACCUCCAAUGUGAAUUUGAAAUUUGUUACUGGAGGUUUGCUACAUAAUUAUUUCCCUACAGAGAAGCCAAAAUAAGGGAAGCAAGGAAGGUGUGAUUUAGGAAGGAGGGAAAGGGGGCAGGGGGGCUAUAAAUAUAUUUCCAUCCUCAAAAUGAGAAUCAAAUUGAGGUUUUGUUAAAAUUCUAUCAAUUUUACAGAACAGCUAUUUUAUAUUAAUGUGAAUUAAGUUGAUUAUUACAUAAAGGUUGGCUUUCGAUAGUGUGUGUAUGCCAUGUUCACUUGUCAAAACUGUUACUUUGGCAUUAGAAUGAACUUGCUCUAUCUUGUUCUGCUUACGCUGUGUCAAGUGAUAACAUGAAGAGCGUAAGCAUAACCAUCUGUGUAUGCUACUAUGUUGCUGAAUACAAUGUACUUGAACUUGUUUAUGGAACUAUUGAAAACCACCCUUAAAACACUUAGCUUGCUUUAUACAUUGAUAUAGCCAUGUGUGAUUAAAUAUAAUAAGGAACAAAAUUUCU